GCCUUUUAUAGCUCGCUCUUUGUUCCAUUUAUCAAACAGGUUCUCUAGUCAAUCUGUGUCUAUUCAAAGCCAAAAUAUAAUUACACAACUAGAGAGAACUCUUUGUUUAAACCCCUUUUUAUAAAACAAAACGCGCUUCCCUGCCUCUCUCUCUCUCUGUUCUCUCUCCAAAACUUACCGUCGAACUCAAGCUCUCUCUUCUUCUUUCUCCUAGUCGUUUUCCAGAUCCAUCUCUCCUAAACGUUUCCGUUUUACCAGAUCCAACCGAUCUGAUCGGAGCUUUACAUCUGUGUUUGAUCUCGUCCUGUCUUUGAGAAAUGGAGAAUUUGAUUUCUUUGGUAAAUAAAAUACAAAGAGCUUGUACUGCUCUCGGUGAUCACGGUGAAGCUAGCGCAUUGCCUACUCUUUGGGACUCUUUGCCUGCUAUUGCCGUCGUCGGUGGCCAGAGUUCAGGGAAAUCAUCAGUGUUAGAGAGCAUCGUCGGAAAGGACUUUUUACCUCGAGGAUCCGGGAUUGUUACUCGGCGUCCUCUUGUGUUACAGCUUCAUAAGAGUGAUGAAGGUAGCAGAGAAUACGCGGAGUUCCUUCACCUCCCUCGGAAAAGAUUCACCGAUUUUGCUGCUGUGCGCAAGGAGAUUCAAGACGAGACUGAUCGAGAGACUGGCCGUGCAAAACAAAUCUCUAGUGUUCCAAUUCAUUUGAGUAUAUAUUCUCCUAAUGUUGUCAACUUGACGUUAAUUGAUCUUCCUGGGCUCACAAAAGUAGCUGUUGAGGGUCAACCGGACAGUAUUGUGCAGGACAUUGAAAAUAUGGUUCGGUCCUACAUCGAGAAGCCCAACUGUAUAAUUCUGGCAAUUUCUCCUGCCAAUCAAGAUCUUGCAACAUCUGAUGCAAUUAAAAUCUCCCGUGAGGUGGAUCCUACAGGAGAGAGAACGCUUGGGGUCUUGACAAAGAUUGAUCUUAUGGAUAAGGGUACUGAUGCAGUUGAGAUAUUGGAAGGAAAAGCCUAUCGGCUAAAAUUUCCAUGGGUUGGUGUUGUGAACCGCUCCCAAGCUGAUAUUAACAAGAAUGUUGACAUGAUUGCUGCUCGGCGUAGAGAGCGGGAGUAUUUUGCCAACUCUCCAGAAUACAAGCACCUUGCUCACAGAAUGGGUUCUGAGCAUCUAGCAAAGGUGCUCUCAAAGCAUUUGGAAACUGUAAUCAAGUCCAGAAUCCCAGGCAUUCAGUCCCUUAUCAACAAGACAAUUGCUGAACUGGAAUCUGAGUUGAGUCGUCUUGGAAAGCCUAUUGCUGCUGAUGCUGGUGGGAAGUUGUACACAAUCAUGGAGAUAUGUCGUCUUUUUUAUUCAAUAUACCAGGAGCAUCUUGAUGGAGUGCGAGCAGGUGGUGAAAAGAUAUACAAUGUUUUUGAUAACCAACUUCCUGCUGCUCUAAAGAGGUUGCAGUUUGACAAGCAACUUGCCAUGGAAAAUAUUCGUAAGUUAAUUACGGAAGCUGAUGGAUAUCAACCACAUCUGAUAGCUCCUGAACAAGGAUAUCGUCGUCUCAUUGAAUCUUCUAUUGUUACCAUCAGAGGUCCUGCUGAGGCAGCUGUAGAUGCGGUUCAUGGUCUAUUGAAGGAGCUAGUUCACAAGUCCAUCGCCGAGACUCCAGAGCUAAAGCAAUACCCUGCUCUUAGAGUGGAGGUUGGAAAUGCUGCUAUUGAUUCACUUGAAAGAAUGAAGGAGGAAAGCAGGAAAGCUACACUUAAGCUAGUUGACAUGGAGUGUAGCUACUUGACAGUUGAUUUCUUCAGAAAGCUUCCACAAGAUGUUGACAAGGGUGGCAACCCCACACAUUCAAUAUUUGAUAGAUACAAUGAUUCAUAUCUUAGACGAAUUGGAUCAACUGUUUUGUCUUAUGUCAAUAUGGUUUGUGCAAGUCUCCGUAAUUCCAUUCCCAAGUCCAUCGUUUAUUGUCAAGUGCGUGAGGCCAAACGAAGCCUACUUGAUCAUUUCUUCACUGAGUUGGGUAAAAUGGAGCAAAAGUAUCUUUCAUCAUUAUUGAACGAGGAUCCAGCAGUCAUGGAGCGGCGGGCUGCUCUUUCUAAAAGGCUCGAGUUGUACAGGAGUGCACAGGCAGAAAUUGAUACAGUUGCUUGGUCUAAGUAGAUAUGCACCAGUUAGAGGCUGUUUUUUGAGAAUUUGGAUUGAUGGCUGUGUAAUUCUUUCAUUUAUUACAUGUUGUACCGGGAAAGAGGGGGAGCAUUGUACUAUGUUUUUCCUGGCAUUGUAUGUGCUGCGAAUUAAGCAAGGCGGGGUCAAUAGCUGCUAUAUCUCAGUAGCCAGUAGGCGACUCGAUUUGUUUCCUUGGCCGAUUCCACAUAUAUGUAGUAUGAAAUACGAAUCUAUAAUUUUUCCAUGCUUUGGUGUGUCCAUGGUGGUGGAUCUUGUAUGUGCCUAUGCGCAUUUUAUUUUGAUAGGCAUUCGCUUUCCUCUA